CCUCGCUUUGAAUAAAGUACACGUAAUUAUGCACGUGACUUCGAGUUAAAAUUAAAUCAAGCUAUAUUUAUUUUAUUUCAAGCGAAGUUCCAGUGCAGGCGCGCUAACGUCGUUCUUACUAAAAAAAUUAAGUGCGGUCGUUUAAAAAUAAAUACCAAUCAGAAAACAGAACCCUCUGAUGCACAUGGGGUAUAAAUCCACAUCGGUGCAACUAGAAGUUUUUUUUAACCGUCUCGGUGGUAAGGGCGUUUAGUAGAGAUUGCUUAUUAUUAUUUAUUCCAAAUUGUUCGUAAUUACCUACUUGUAAUCUAAAAUACUUCAAAGAUAUUCAAAGUUAAUAUUAUAAAAGUGAUUAAUUUGCUCAAAGUGGUCAGUGUGACAUAGAUUUUCAGAUUUUCCAUACAAUAAUAUUUUCAAAUAAAGAGUUAUUUGUAAUUUGUGAAUAUAUUUAUAGAUGUCGCUACUAAACUUCAAAGCAUUUUGUUAGCAUAUUUUGACGUUUAGUAUCUUUGGUUGGUUUAUCUUGAAGUCUAAAGAAAAGUGUGAAAUUGAAAUAUUUACUUACUGAUUGGAAUUCGAGAUAUGAAGUGUUUUCAGUGAACUUCGCCUGUACUGAUAAACCAAAACGUUAUGUUGGCGUGACGAAUCAGAUACGAUGUUCAUGUAAUACUUGAAUUCAUAAAUCGAGGUUGCUUAUUAUGGAUCGAUAGCUCAUUGUUCGGAGAACACAAGGUAAUCGUCUUAUUUAUUUAAGACAAAAGGCAGAGGCUCAGUCCGUCCUUCACACGUUAGAACAUCGUUAUCAAUGCACGUAACUGAUCGGUUUAUUUAGAGGUGAUUAUCGAAGUAACUAAGCAGUGCAUGUAAGUACUCACGCUAGGAGCACGUCAUUCGUAAUUAUUACACUCAAAAGACGUACAUUUUACUAAUAUUCGGUCUUCGCUGGUGGUGGUACCUAUCUAUUGCUUUCUGCUACAAAUUAUUACAAGUUAGUAACAUACUAUUGCUUGCUUACCAGUGAUAACAUGUACUAGUUAUUUAUAUCAUGGCUAAUGUAAAGAUUAGAGUUAACUCAUCCAGAACUGUGUCAAAAAGAGUCAAGGGGAGUGGUAAAAUUGGUAAACAUAAACAAUCCUUAUCAGGUUUUAACAAUGUGGACACUCAUUCCGUCACCAAAACUGUUAACACUUCACAGUCAAACAAAAUUGUGAAGAACUCCUUGAAUCAGCCUGUAAAGGAAAAAGACACAGUGCUUAUAACAAAUUCAAAACUCAAAAGGAAUAUUUGCAUAGUGAAGGAUUUUUUUAAUGAAAAUGGACUUAUCAAAAGAAAAAACAAGGAUAAAUUGAGAAUUUGCAAUGACAUUUUGAAAAAUGAAUUAUUGAUACAGGAUAAAAAGGAUAAGUCUAAGAGGACAUCACAAAAAAGUGGUUUAAAUAAUAAUAACAAUACAGUAAGUGAGCAAAAUUCAAACAGUGCAAAAACCUUGGAAAUUCCUGCAGUAGAUAAAGAGCAGACAACUAUAAAGAAUCACUUAGAUCAAAAUCCACGUGUACGCAAAUAUCCACAGAACAAACGAAAACCAAAAAAGGGGCUUUUUCAAUGUGACUACUGUCAAAAACAAUUUAGUACCAAAUCGUCUAUAAGAAGACAUGUGUCAUCACAUCUUAAUGCCAAGACCUUCCCAUGUAUUCAAUGUAAAAAAGUGUUCCGCAAACAAUUAUACUUGUCAGCUCAUAUCACACGACAACACCCUGAUUGGGGCCAGCAUUACAUGUGCAACUUGUGUGAUAAACCCUUCUUGUUGAGAGAAAACCUUAUAGCCCAUAUGGCGUCUCACACAAACACAGAAACAAUGUUUAAAUGCAUUUACUGCAAAGAGAAAUACUCCAAUCAAAUUGAUUUAAUUCAACAUGAGAAGCAGCAUCUUGUUAGCGGUUUGUAUGACUGUAUAAUUUGUGAACAAAGUUUUGACUGCAGAAAUAAAUUAACAAUGCAUUUCAAAACUCAUCUGAGAGUCAAAGACUUCAUUUGUCAGCAUUGUGGCAAGGAGUUCUUACGGAUGAACUCAAUGAGACGUCAUGUACAGAUUAGUCAUGCAGGCAUAAGAAUCCAGUGUGCUAUUUGCAAGAAAUACCUUAAGGGUCAUCUAUCUGAACAUAUGCGUACACAUGAAAAACGGCGUCCACAUAAAUGCCCAGACUGUGGACAGACCUUUACACAGUCCACCCAACUUACUGUUCAUCGUCGUUCACACACUGGCACCAGGCCAUACUCUUGCAGAAUAUGUAACCGACCAUUCACUCACUCGAAUGCCCUCAUGCUACAUAUACGACGACAUACUGGCGAAAAGCCGUUCCAGUGUGCAAUGUGCCCUAUGUCAUUCUCACAACUGCCUCACAUGAAAGCCCAUAUGAGAAAAAUUCAUGGCAAAGAAAACCCUUAUAGAUGCAAAAAGUGCCAACAGUUUUUCAAAUUGAAGGUGGAUCUUGAGAACCAUGAAAAGAUGUGCAUAGUGGGAGAUAAGGAACUAUCCUUUGAGGAAAAAAUAGAGGCAUCUGUCAAAGUGGAAGAAGAAGAGGUUGUUGAGUCCGUCAUGUCUUUGUCAAGGAUGAGAUUCCUUCUGGCACUUCUCCUCACAAUGAUUGCUACCAAAGAAAAACUCCAAUAUUUAGGUUUCAAUAAACGUCUAAUAGACGAUCUACUUGUGGAAUCUCUGGAAGCUAUGGGACACAAUCCUUGCAAUGAUGAUACUCUGGCACCCUUAAAACGUCUGAAAACAAAUAUAGAGAUAUUAUUGAAUGGAACUGUCCCAAAGGAACAGAUGGCUAAGUUUAAAAAGGAACACAAACGUACAGAAGAUAUUCUAGAACUGCUUACUGAUGAAAAGAAAUAGGUAAUUGCAUGAUGUAAGUAGUAAUAUGUAAUUUGGUUUUAUUCAUGUCACAUAAUGUUUGGGUAAUUGAUCCAUAGGUCCUGCAAACAGCAUGACCUUCAGCAAUAAAUCACUUUAAAGCACAAGUUAUUGGGCUAAAAAUACUCAGUACCUUAUUAGAGCAAGAAAAUUAAUAGUGUUAGUGCCACACUUUUGCCAGGGAAUUUUCAAUUUGAAAACAUGCAAAGCCCUAUGCCUGAUACAGGAAAAAGAUAGCAGAAAAGUUCGCCUGUGUUAUUGCCUGCUGGCAGUGGCGUGGGUUCUUAACUAGGGUAAGCACUGUAUGUACAAAUAGUACAAAAUAGAAAAUUCCUCCAAUACAGGUUUGUUUGUAAUAAUAUCUCUGGGUAUGCAGUGCGUUUAUGCAUCUAUGAAGUGCACGCCACUGCCUGCUGUGGUCAUAAUUCGACCACUAUUGUCAUAUAUUAUUAUUGAUAGAAGACACGAUUUUGUGACAUGAGUAACACUGAUUUAUCCACUAUCACAAUAUCAGGAAUUAUUAAAGGUGUGAAUUAUUUUAAUUGCACAAUAGAUGUCCAUUUGGAGUUUAAGAUCAGUAUGCGGUUACAUCAUUUAUUAAUUAAUUUAUUACUCACAAGAACAUCACAUUUUUUUAUAUUCGAAAAUAUUAUUAUAGUUUUUAUUCUAACAUACAUACACAGAAAGUAUGUGCAAAGAUUUCUUAAUACUGUCAUAACAAUUGUUUGUGUUAUUACAGUGAACUUCUGUUUAGAAUAGUCUUUUGUAAGUUAUCACAUUUGAUAUUAUGUAUAUUCAAACCUUAAAUUAAACUUGAUAAGCCAUACACAGGGUGUCCUGUAAAUAUUACGACAUACUCUACUUUUUUUUUAUUUUAACAGGCAUUGAUGUCAGCUGUCACCCACACCCUGUAGAGUGUGUUGUAAUGUAUAUGAGACAAUCUGUGUAACAGCUAAAGAUUAAUCUUCGUCAGUAAUUUUAUUUUAAUUUGUAGUUGUAAAAACAGCAUUUUGUAGUUGUUGACACUUAUUACUUGUUAUAAAAUGCUGGAAAAAUAAAGCAAUCAAUAAGGCUUGCCAUAAAAACCAAGAAGUGAUCAGUCCAAAGCUUUUAAUUUGUUAUAUUUAUUUUAUAGUAUAAUUUAAUCUUAUUAUUUUUCUAAUAAUCAGGGAUAAAUUAAUCUAUAAUUUGUUUGUCAGGUUUAGUAAAAGUCCAAAAACAGUAUUGCCAAUAAUCUAUUAAAUUAUUGUGGCGAUAUUUAUUAAAAUAAUUAAUGUUAGAUUAAUGUAGAAGUAGAAAAUAUUAUUGUUUUAUUAUUUAAUAGUAUAAUCAUCACUUUGUGCCAUUAAUUAAUGUUAUAUUUUUGUUUGAGUAGAAAAUUUAAUUUAUACAAUAUUCAUAUUCAUAUUUUGAAUAAAUUUCCUUUCUGUUUAAUGAUAAGUUACUUAGUUAAGUUUUAAUAUGCAAAUAUUAUAAUCUAAAUAUAUUAGGCCAAACCAAAUAACUAUAGUCCUCGACCGCUGGGCACAGAGGUGCAGGGGUAUGAAGACAGGGCACUGAAAAAGGAGCAAGUGGAAAACACGUAGAAGAGGUUCUGAAUAGGCUAGUUGACACUUUUUUAAAAGGUUUUAAAUAGUUCAAUAAUGUUCUACUACACUUUUUUUUUUCAUAUUUUUUUGAUUACAUCAAAAUUUUAGUUUUUAAAUAUGUUUUUGACACUACGAGCCAAAACGCCUGUCGGCCAUGACAGUCUAUGUUUCAACUGUUUCAUGACGUCACUACAAUAAAUCCCAUGAUCCCAAACAAAUGGAGCGUUGGACAAAAAUUAUUGUUAACAAUUUAGUUCGACGUUUUAGUACAUCAAGUGACGUCACAAAACGACGACGACGACAGCGUUUUUGACGUUUGGAAAAUAUUAAAAAAUACGUGAUAUUUAAAUUAAGUUUUAUAAGAAAUCCUAUACUUUUAAUUGAUAUCGAUAUAUUUCGGACCCUUAUUCCAUGUUGUACACGAAAUUAAUAUUGUUUAUAUUCAAUAGGGUAGUUGACUCAUAUCAAAUUUAAUUCGAAUCAAAAAAAAAAUGAAAAAAAAAACAGUCUAUGGUCGAAAUUUUCUUAGAUGACUUUUUAACACAACAAUAAUGGCCGACUAUGAAUCAGAGACAAUCAGUAGGGUUGAGAAGUUAACGGCGGGCAUCGGAACGAUAUCAAGUAGGUAUCGUUAUAACUGAAAUACCUAAACUAAAAUAUCCGUUACUAUACUACGUUAUCUUAAAAGGGAACGUAUACUAACGUUUUUCGGUUGUGUGCAUUUUAAGAAAUUAAAUAUCACGUGUCACAAACGGUGAACGGUGCACGGUUUAUGCCUAUGGGUACGCGUGGUUAAGAAAUGGGGUAAUCUUUUUUUAUUAUUAUUAUAAAUAUACUUAAACAAUACACAUCACUAUCUAGCCCCAAAGUUAGCAUACAGAGUAGCUUAUGUUAUGGGUGCUAAUAUAGUUGAUAUUAUAGUAUUAAUAUACAAUUAUAUACUACAUACAAAAUAUAUAAUGUAUAAAUACACUACAUAUACACUUAUAUAAUGUAUAAAUACACACAGACACUUGAAAACACUCAUGCUCAUCACACAAAUAUUUUCCAGUAGUGGGAAUCGAACCCACAGCCGUGGAUGCAGAAAGCAGGGUCACCCACUGCGCCACGCGGCCGUCUCUUUCUUUAGUCUUUUGGGUACGUACUAACGUCCAAGAUUUGCUUAUACUUCAAAAAAGUGUGCACGUAUCCACGUACAUACUGGGUGUAAGGGACAUGAUACCGAAAACUGCGUGAAGAGGUUAAAUUUAGUUUCCACAUCGAUAUUUUAAAUACCAAUUACGUCGGAAAUGAGAAAAUUCAGAUUUUGAGCACGCAAUGUACAGCGAACAAUGCGAUAACAACGCUCCGCAAUCUACUGCGUACGUACAAGUAGGUACGUACGCAUCGACAGCAAAUCGGCUGGCUACACUUACCUAUCUAAUACCUAUUUUUUUAUACUUUACAAGUUUUUAACUAGGUACAGGUAGUUAACUUACUUCAGGUUGUUUCUGGUUUACGAGACGUUCUGUCGUCGUAGUAGGUACGAUAUUCAUGAGUACUGAAUUGAUUUGAUCUAAGUAUUUCAAGACUUCUCAGUCAACACACACAAACACACACAAUACAAACGACACAAUUGUAUGAGUAUUCGUUACAGAAAAUCACUACUAACAUAACAUAAAACAUACACUAAAGUUUUUGAAUUUUGGUUUGUUUGUCAACAGACCGCCGAACACGAACUAAAGCAAAAAAUAGCGUAGCGUCUAGCGAAAGGACCUAAAGUUUUAAUAUUUUGAAAAUAUCUAUUAACCGCGCCGCGCGGCUUAGGUUAGAGAGAGAUAGCAAUUAUUUUCCUCGGCACCGGCGGCGGUCGGCAAUACAACGUCGCGCAGUUUGUUUGUGACUUUGUAUAGAUACCUAUUAGUCGUGACCUGCCUAUUUCACCUCUUGGAAAACAGCUGAUCGCGCGCAUUUUGCAAAUUAAAUUUACAUUGCUAGUUUUCAUCUAUCUCAAUACGAUUUUUAUUAAAAAUCGUAUUGAGAUAGAUGAAAUAAGUACUUCUAAGCUGUAAUUAGUUAAAAAAAACUGUAAAAAAAAAUUUCAAUAUCGUGAAAAGACCGACAAAAAAUUUCAACGCUGAGAGACUCAGAAUCAUGUACUGAACCACUGGAUUAAGUUUUCGUUAGCAUGUCCCUUACACCCAGUAUAGGUAACCGUAUUUGAAUAAACUAAAUUUGUAGACUCUGCCCUGCAUGUAUAUUUUUGAAAUAUGUAAAAUAGUCAGAAAAAAAGGUAAUUAUUACGAAAAUACUUAUAGACCACAGCGUUUCCAUGAAAAAAAAACUCAUUUACCCUUCUUCAUAAUUAUUACUCUACAUCUACAACUUAAUGUUAUCCAUACCAGUGUUUGAAUAAUGCUACUAUUCGUAAGAUAUCUUUUACGCUAUAGAAUAACGUGAGCAUAUUUAUUGUAUAACAUUUUCAUUAAAAAACUAUUUUUUAAAAUAAAAUGAUUAUAAAAUAUCAAUUUUCCAUCUUUAAACUAACAACAUAUCAAUUAUUAAAGAAUCAUUCAUUAUCAUUUAUCGAUAAGUUAACGCUCGAUGUUAUUUACCCAUCCUUGCUUUUCAUAGACAAUCUAGCGUUACGAAAUGUCAAAUUGCCGUAAUCGUAGUUAAGCUGUGCAAAUUAAUCUUGUUAUGAUUUUGUUUUUCAGAAAAUAAAUGUGAAUAAAUCGUAAAUUCGGUGUAGUUUUUGGUGUAAUUCGUACUGUACGCGUAUAAUAAAGGAUUGAGACACUUUGUUCUUCAGAAAUUACGUAUAACGUAAGUGAAAUAUGUGAUUUUAGUGACAAGACGGGUUUGUUUUGGUCAUAAGACUUCUAAGAAAAUUUCGACCAUAGUAGAAUAAUGAACUAUUUAAGAUCAUUUAAAAAAAGUGUGAACUAGCCUAUUUGAUAUGAGUCAACUACCCUACUAUUAGCACAGAGUAACCAAAGUGAGUUUUUACAAACUGCGUGCUGUGAAGCCGGUGACUCCCAUAAAAAAAAAACAAAAGUCACGCGUCUCCUUGACAUCCGCAAUUACAAACUUUUUUCAUAAUUUGUAUUUCAAAAUUGAACAAUAUCAACAAUUACGUAAAUUAAUAUAAUAAUCAAAUAAUGACCAAUAAAAAAAUACUCCAUCUUAUUUACCAUCUACCCGCAAAAUAUUUUGAUAUCAUAGUAAAUCUGUAUGAAAGCGAAUGUAUCACGAAAUAAUUAUCGAAAACCGCUUGACAAAAAUAGUAUUUAGCAGAGAGGUAGUUUAUAAUUUGUAGCUAAGAAGUAAUUUUGUGACGGCGGUCGAAGUCGCGCUAAUUUCGUAUAGAAUACCUUUUAUCCCUUGGUGCCACACGCACUUUUCUCGCUCCCCUCUGUGCGUAGUACUGCUAUAAAACGAUGUUUUUAUAACUCGACAAAUCAAAUUCGCAUUUGUAUCUCUGUCUCUGCCUAUAGCAUCUUGUUAGACAGAGUGAGAUAGACACAAAUUCGAGACUCGCAUAGUCGAGUUAUAAAAACACCGUUAUCAAUAGAGCUAUUGUACCCUGAAUGCGUGGGUAAGGACUCUGCUAUUUGGUUUGUCUAUAUCUUAGUCCUAUUACAGGGUAGGCGAACCAAUGGCACGCGUGCCAUUGAUGGCACGCGACACAAUAUUUUGGGCACGUCGCCGAUCAUAAAACAUGUGUAAAGUAGGUAUUUGACAUAAAUUAUUUGUCAUCUAACCUUUUGUUUACUUUAUUUCAUAAAGAGUUUUGAUAGUAUUUAUUAUUGUUAUUCUCCAAAUAAUCAGAAAGUCAAAAUUAUUUGAUGGCACGCCAAUGACCCCAUUAAACAUUUUUUAGAAAAAAUGGCACGUUGAUGCAUAAAGGUUCGCCUACCCUGUCCUAUUAUUUUCGAGUUCCAGUGCCAUUCCUUGUUUGUUUGAUUGUUUGCUUCUUUGAUAAAAAUAGAUUAUAUUGUUACAUGUAAUAUUCUUAUUGAAAUUUAAUUAGAAAUUGUGCCUGUGCUAUGAUUAUAUUACUAUUAAUCUGUCAUAUAACCUAUUUAUGAAGUAUAGUUGAGUUGACAUAUAAUGAAUAAUCAAUAAAUAUAUAUUAUUAUAAUUGUAGUGACAUAGACAUACAUACAUAGUCAUAGAUUAUUAUACACAGACAGAUUGUUAUUGGUCGGAAUCUGGUUUGCCGUCAUCUGAUUAGGUUAACUGUUAUUGUUCUAAAUAAUUUUCAAUUGCAUUUUUCUAGUAAAAAAUAGUUUAAAAAUAUUGGGAAACUCAAAAAUGCCUUAGAUUAUUUAUAGUAUAUAUCUAUAGGACAUAAUAUACUGAAAUAGACCUCGCUUAAAAAAGACAAUAAAUUUAAAUUCGUCAAUUAGUUGAAAUACAAUAGUACCUUUUGUAGUGUAUUAUUGUAUGUUUAAAAGUGUGGUAUUCGAAAAAAAGUAUAUUUGUUAAACUCCUUGUUUAGUUUCAUUGCAUCACUUUGUAACAUCAAGUUUAUUAUUUAAGGUUUCUGAGCCCGUAAAAAAUGCUAAAAUAUAAUAACUAGCUUAUGGUCUCCACAAAUUAUGCCCCAGAGUUAUAAAACAAAUUUGGUGAUAUAAUAUACUCAUAAUUAUAUAAAUAUUCUUGAGAAAAUGGUUAAUAUUAUAAUUUAUAUUUAUUUUUAGUGGAUAAUACACAGUUCGUAAAAUAUGACAACACACUAGGGGCUUACUAAAUAUUUAUUUUAUUUUAAUAUUAUAGAUAUAUACUGUCUUUUGUCUGGCGUAUGAUAAUAAAAUUAAUUUUUGACGAAUUAAUUGAAGAAAUAGGUGAAUUAGUGUUUUCUGAAGAUGCUAUGAAAAUGUAAAUUUGAAUUCAUUGAACCCGAUUUAAAUCCAAUGACGUUAUUUGUUUUAUUCAUGUGGCAAAUACCAAACCACGUAAUGCAACAAUUGUUAAUUUUAAUAUUUAUAGAAUAAGAAAUACACAUAUUCAUAAGGUAUUUUAUCAAUAUUAUGAGUGCGUGACUUGACUUGUAUAUAAACUUGGUUCUCAUGUUGCUACAUGCCUUAGCGGACUAUAAAUAACACCAUCGGUCUAGUUUCCGUUUCUGUGGGAUAAAUUAAUAGGCUAUAUUACAGUGCCCGCCACGAGAUAUUGUGUUUUGUGAAGUUAGGAACAAGUGACUGCGCAAUGAAUCAUUAUCGGCACUAACGGCGCGGGCGGGAAGUGUUCGCGUCUGUACGAAUGUACUCAUUCCGCGGCUAACUUCACAAACAUAAAGAUCCGAGGCGAGGCGAGCACUGUACUUGCUUUCUAAUGGGAAAAGAUUUAAUAUCUGUGUUGUACUUUUUAUGUUCAAUCGUAAAAAACAAAAAAAUAAUCUUCCAAUUAAUAAUAUUACCUAAUUUAGAAGAGCAGUAAAGCAUUGCGUCCAACAUUCAAGGAUUGAAAGGAGUUACAAGAAAUAUAGCAUGUGAAUACGUGAUGAUACCUACCAUUUACAAUUAGGUACCUAUUAUUACAAUUAUACUAGUAUUGUUGGUUAAUCAGAAUGUUCAAUUAUAUUGCGCAGUUAUUGAAAACGGAGAUCCCGACUGUGAUACAAAUAGUUAUGGAUAUCUGCACUGCAUUAUUAACAUACAAAUCGUACCGAAUUUUCACAUGUAGAUCAAAGAUGGCGGAACCGAUUUCAUGCGUGUCUUGAGGAAUUAUUAUGGAAGAUAGAGUUUUUUAGAGCCUGCACAGACAAAAAGGAGUUGUUUUUAAUUUUUUCAGUUAUGUAUCAACGUUUAGCUAUAACUAUACUACCGCGCUGCCUAGUAUUUGCGCUGUGGGUAGAGAACACGGGACUCAAAACAGCAGUAGCGUUACUCUGUGACGGUGUUUUUUAACUCGACAAUGUGAGUUUCGAAUUUUCUAUCUCUCUCUCUAUCUAUAGUAUUAUAUUAGGCAGAGAGAGAGAUAGAGACAAUUUCGACAUGUCGAGUUAUAAAAAUAUUGCUAUGUAUAGGACGCUUUCUGUCUAUGUGGGCCCUUAGGGAACGCGGUAGUAUAUGAUAAAUAAACGAUAACAAAAAUUUCUAUUUAUACUUAGUCUACUUUAUUUUCACUUAAGUCACGUUAAAUAGUUGUUCAGGCAUCUUGCCUAUACAUUUAUUUAAAGUUUUUUUCAGUCAUUUUCUUAUUCCUUAAUAGUUUAUCUAAGUCGGGCAUUUUCCGUUUUAACGAUUGCUUCUAAAUUUCAAAUGUCUACGAAAUUAUGAAGAUAGGUAACUACUCGUACUUGCCAAUAGCCAAUAGGUAACCAUUUUACAAAGUGUUCAGCCAAAGAAAAGGCCCACCUAAAGUGUGGGAUGUGUGAGUUCGUGUAAAGUAAAGUUGCCGCGCUUAUGCCUAGUUCGGACUACUUAGAGUCGGACUAUAAUCGAGUACGAAUGAUUUUUGGGCGGCAGCAAGUAGUUUAGUUCGCUAGUCGACUAAAAUGCUAAAAUAGUCCGAACUAGGCCUUAGUGCUAUUCUGUACGAUUUUUUAAAACUCGUGAGUGUGAGAUUCGAAUUCAUCUCUAUCUCUCUUUUUCUAACAUGAUACUAUAAAUAAAGAUGGGUAGAGGUGAAUUCAAAACUCUUGCUGUCGAGUUAUAAAAUUAUCGUUACAAAAUAGGUAGGUAUAGUAAAUCUCUACUUCAGUGAGAGUGCACUGUAGGUAGUAAUCAAAAUUACACAUUUACGAUAUUCAGAACGGCAAAGUUACUUGACACGAAAUGUAUAUUACAAAUAGAUAAGUUAACACAAUGCAUGUACAAAAUAGUUUGAGAAAAUACAUAGCCAGAUCCUUAUUUUGUAUAAGAAAAUAUGUUUUAUAUUAUUGACUAAAAAAUCUCAUGUUAUGUUAUGGCUUAGUAUACCAAAGAAAAUACAAAGUAGGUAGUUAAGUAAAUAAAUGUUUUAAUGUAUGGAA